CCGGUCCUUGCCUUGGCCACGCCCCCUCCUCCCUCCUUCGGGGCGGCGCCUCUUCCUUGCGCCUUUCGCGGCGGAGUCCGCUCUGUCCCUCACUCCGCCCGCGAAGGCGCCCACGGAGGGCCACGGAAGGGGCCACUGAGGAAAGCCACCAAGAUGUCAGAGGGAUUUGACUGCAUUGGCUGCAAGGAGUCCCUCUACGGGCGCAAGUACAUCCAGGGGGAGGAAGGGCCCUUCUGCAUCCCCUGCUACGACACCCACUUUGCCAACACCUGCGAUGAGUGCAAGGAGCCCAUUGGCCAUGACUGCCGGGAGCUGUACUACGAGGACAGGCACUACCAUGAGGGCUGCUUCCGGUGCUUCCGGUGUGGCCGCUCUCUCGCUGAGGAGCCCUUCACCUGCCAGGGGGAAGAACUGCUCUGCAACGACUGCUACUGCCGGGAGUUCUCCUCCCAGUGCGUCGCCUGCCAGCAAGUAGUCAUGCCAGGCUCCCGGAAGCUGGAGUACAGCGGACAGACAUGGCAUGAGCACUGCUUCCUCUGCAGCAGCUGCCAGCAGCCCAUUGGCUCACGCUCCUUUGUCCCUGACCAGAAGGACUACUACUGUGUCCCCUGUUAUGAGAGCAAGUUCGCCCCCCGCUGCACCCACUGCAAGAAGUCGCUGACCAAGGGUGGCGUGACUUAUCGGGAUGAGCCCUGGCACAAGGAAUGCUUUGUGUGCACGGGGUGCCGGAGCCCCCUGGCCGGGCAGCAGUUCACCUCUCAGGAAGAGCAGCCCUUCUGCCUCACCUGCUUUGGGAGCCUCUAUGCCAAGAAGUGCAGCGCUUGCUCCAAGCCCAUCACUGGCUUCAGCGGGGGCAAGUAUGUCUCAUUUGAAGAGCGGCAUUGGCACCACCACUGCUUCAGCUGUUCCCGCUGUGCCACCUCCCUGGUGGGGAAGGGCUUCAUCCCUGGGAACGAGGAGAUCCUGUGCCGCGACUGUGCCAGUGACCUGUGAAAGGUGCCCUGUGGGCUGCUCCGUGUGCCAAAGCCCCCUUCCUGGAACAGCAGGGCACAGAGGCCCCACCCUGCCCAUUCCCUGAAGGCAUCUUCCUUCCUUCUCUCCAUCCUCCAGUGGCCUCCUUCCCCUUCCUCCCAGCUGGAAGCAUGUCCAGGAGGCAGCCGCUGCUCCACUGGGAACUCUGCUCUUCUGCUGUGGUGGGCUCUCCCCCAUCCAGUCUGACCAGCCAGAGGCCCGCCUCACUGCUGGAGGAAUGGGGCACAGGAGAGGGAGAGGGCAGUACGUCUGCCUGUACUGUGUGCCCUGCUGGAGGCCUCUGCCCCUGGUUUCCUAGUUCAGCCCUCCCUUCUAGCCAGCCACAGUGGCAGCAGCAGGUUUCUGGGGUUGGCACCAGCUUGCCCAAGGAGCACCUGCAACCUUCAGGGUGGUUCCUUCCCUGCCCCCUCCACCAAUCUCAGUGCCAUGGGGCAGCAGGCGCUGGCUCGUCUCUCCUCCACCCAUUGCCCACAGAGCUCUCCCUCUGGCCGGGCAGAACUAGCCCUUCACAACUAGGAGGGGGGCACCUUUGCCCUCCAGCCUUUCAGGGGCCACCCUCUGCGUUUUUUUACUCCCAGCUCUGUUUCUCCAUCUCAGAUUUCCACAGCUGCCUCUAUUCUUUAGGCAGAAUAUUAUGCAUGUGUCUUUUCAUGAACCUGUUUGCUGGUUCCUCAGAUGCGUUGCUGUGUGUGGGAGUCUCUUUAGCUCUGCACAUUUCCCUCCUAUGUGGGAUGCUUCUCUUCCACUUUUGUAUUCUUCUGGACAGUGUGUGUGUGUGUGUGCGCGCAUGUGUGCGUGUCCUUUCUGGCUUUAUAUAAUAAACAAUGUUAAUGAAC